GCACGGCAGACAGUCGGUACAGAUAUCUGGAAUUUAUUACCGUUUUGGUUUCUGCACGUGGGAUACGCUCCAAGACGCAAUAAAUUAACGCAAAACAAGUGAAAAAGAGUGAGGAAAAAUGACAACUGUAGACGCCCGAACCAUAGCAGGGGAGCCUCCAUACACCUAUGCACCGGCAAGUUCCAUAGCUAGUCUACAUGCUCAACAUAGUCUGCAUGUACCUCAUCUUUUAUGUCGACUUGAUCGAGACCGUGGGGAAGAUAAACCCCCAUUUGGUGGUUUACUUGCCCCUUCCCCACUCUACCAUACAGUCUUUAGACCCCAAGCUUUUGGAGUACCUAUGCCUGGUGUUGGUUCAUUACAACUCCCCCGUCAUCAUCAUCAUCUUUCAAACAAUCAGCAGAAUAACCAGCAAGUUCAGGCACCUGCCUCUACAACAUCAUUUCUCGUCAAAGACAUUCUAUCUCAAAGAACUCCAAUCCAUAAACCCAUCCCCAAACAUCCAGCUUCUUGUACCACCUGUAAUUGCCUCCGGCAAACUCAGCAACAACAGCGGAAUGGAAGUGGUGGUAGCCGAGGGGAAGGGAGUGCCUCACCCGCGGCAGGUGUGGCUGCUUGUGAACAUGGCUUUGGUCUUAAAUUCGGCGUCAAUGCAAUAUUGUCAGCAGAAGCCCGCUCAUCACAAGGUGCACCAACAUCUACAACAUCUACACUGAGUGGUUACAAACAUCUUGGAACAUCUCUUGCACAUCUUACUAGUAGACCUAUUUAUGGUUCAGGUGUGACGUCAUCAAUGGCUAGAAACCCAUUCCUACCAGUGACUCCAUCUUCGGUAAUACCCGUUCCAGGGACAUUUCCUUGGCCGGGAGUAGCGAGGGGUAAACCCCGCCGAGGGAUGUUGCGGCGGGCGGUGUUUUCUGAUGCUCAGCGGAAAGGACUGGAAAAGAAAUUUCAGCAACAGAAGUACAUUAGUAAGCCGGACAGGAAGAAGCUGGCUGCAAAACUGGGACUCAAAGACUCACAGGUCAAAAUCUGGUUUCAGAAUCGUCGAAUGAAAUGGCGCAAUUCCAAAGAGAGGGAACUACUUUCAUCAGGAGGGUCACGUGAGUCUACCUUGCCAAAUAAGUCCAAUCCCAAUCCAGACCUUAGUGACGUAGCUGAAGAUAAAGAGAGCCCGGAUGUAGUUAGAUUAAGAGAUCCAAACUCUGACAUAGAAGAGAUGGAGUCACCUGGAAGUAGCCCCUGUUCCAGUCCGUUGCUAGGUGACCAGGUUACAGAGGAUGCACGAAGAAGCCCAAUGGUCAACGAAAGAGAAGAGUUUCAAGAAGACGAGAAAGAUGUGGACGUCAUGUGAUGUUGUAAACAUCUUGGAACAUUGCCGCUGGUUCUAACAGAACAUAGUUUGUGACGUCAUGGAGUAAAGGUUUUCGGAGGAUGACAUUGAUGUUUUAGAUAAAUCAAGAUGACGUCAACAAUUAUCAUUUCUUCGAUACUUAAAGAGCAAUAAAACAUUGUAAAUAGUUUAAUUAUUAACAUCAAAUGAUUAUUGAUCAAAAUUUACGAAUAAGUUAUUUUCAUAUGUCUUUGCGUGAUUUUUAAAACAGAUCUGUGCAUUGAGGAUGCUUCCAAACUCCAUUUAAUGUUGUGCAUAAGAUUUAGUUGGUAACCUACUGGAUAUAAACGGUUUCUUUUCGCCUCUCAUUCUCAACGUCGUUUAAAGCGGCAAUUUUCAUUUUAUAAUUCGUUGUUAGGGAAGGUAUUUUGGUAAUCACUCAACAAAUUAAUGGCGAUACAAACUUAUUGGUUAGAAGCCUACAGCAUUUUUUUGAUAAAAUAAAGCAUUUUGUGAACCAAAAAUUGAAUCUGAGCAGCAUUACUAUUAAAUGUUUCUCAGACUGGCACCAGCGUGUUUCAAUAACGGAUUGUUCUUCCUCCUGCGUGACAUAAUCGCACUGAAUUGUCCGUCGAUAAAACGUGACCACAUUCUUUGAAGUGAAAUUUGUGAAAGUUAGUUUAUUGUAAACAUUUAAAGGAUUAAAACAGCUGAACGGUUCAAAAACCCAAAGGUAUACUUUGCCUUUAAAAGCAGUCAACCAGUUUAAUUUGAGUUGGUUUCGAAUAAAACAAUAAGCUACAACAAGCUAAAGAAAGAAAAACAAAACCUUCUAGUUGAUUAAAAAGAAAUCAUGCUGUUUUUAUUUUAGUAAAGUUACACCUGUAAUACUAUAAUGGUGCAAUCUUGAUUAUGUAAAUAUAAUGGAAAAUAGCUAUUAUUCUGAACUUGUUUUCUAUUUAAAUUAUGCUAAAUUCAGUCAUAUUUUUAUUCAUUAGGUUUUUUUUUCUCGAGUUGAUUUCAACUACACGUUUAAUUAAUUUGUCUUUUUGAAAUAAUUAUAAAUAUAUUUUGUACAAAAUAACAACAACAUCGUACGAGCAAGGGUACGAAAACAAAGCGAAACAAUGUUGUUUCUACGGAACAUGCUUUAUAUCAACAACAGAGGACGGACAGUUGUUUUAAUUUUGAGACCGAAUACUAAAGGAUAAAAUGAAUUGAGGCAUGGUUUCUUAAUCCCUGGGAGUGAUAGAGACUGAAGUCUGGAACCCAGACAGAUUAAGGGCACGUUUGUGUGAAAUAUUGACAAGAGCCCAACCGAUCUAUUAAUUGGGAUCUACAUAACAAUUACUACAAUAAGUCACAAGACCGAGUUCAAACAGUUUCAUCAACAAAUCAUUUUUAAAUAGUUCUUAAGGCAGCUUGUUUUAUUUGCGGUUUCCGAUAAAUUUCCUCAUUUUGUUGUAAUUUUCAUUGCUUGCUAUGAGCUUUUCAGUAUUGUUAUUUGUAGUUUUCAUUAGUUUCAUCAAAGUCGAGUUUUCUUUCAUGUACAAAAACUGAAUAAAAGUGGACACAAUUAUA